UAGUUGACGAGCUGCCUUCACGCCAAGCGGACGCGUAACGGCAACAGAUGCCAGACUAUAGACUAUAUAAAAUAAUAAAGUGCCAUCCGUAGCCCAUAAAAGCCACAAACUAUAUACUACACCGACAUCGGGCAACAGUAGUGAGGGAAUCUAGUUCCGCGACUCAGCAAACUGGGCAAAAGUUAUGUGAUAGGCGUUUGUUUCGGAAUUUUCGCAUCCUGCGCUUUCGUUUUCCAGCGUGUUUUCGACGCGUGUGCGUGUGUUUGUGCGCAGGACAUAAAAGCUCCGUUUUGUUGAUAUACGCAGUCCUUGCAAGGCCAUCGAACAGCUGGCAGUUCCUCAACUCGCUUAGGCAUAAACACCAAAACAAUUUUUAUAAAAGCGUUUUUAAAUAUAUGUACAUAUAUCAAAACACCAACAAACCGAUAAACAAUUUAUAUAAUUUAUUAACUAAAAAGCUACAUUUCGGCCGCGUUUGAAAGGCGGCUGUCGAUUUUUCCAUUGAACCCGAGCCGAAGAGAGAUAGCAAAGAAGUAACAACAUGUCUUCCAUGGCUGCAUUUGAUCAGUUCAAAAUUGGACUCAAAAUGGUCGACUUUAAGGUCCAACAACGUCGCUACAGGACCAGCGAAAAGACUGUCGUCAGCACCACCUACGGACCCAUCAAGGGUGUGAAGAGGAAGUCCAUCUACGGCCAGUCCUACUUCAGCUUCGAGCGGAUUCCCUUCGCCAAACCGCCGGUAGGCGAGCUGCGCUACAAGGCGCCCCAGCCCCCGGAGGUCUGGACGGAGGUCAGGAGCUGCACCUCCCAGGGUCCCAAGCCACUGCAGAAGCACUUCGUGUUCGAGAUGACCGAUGGCUCCGAGGACUGCCUCUACCUUAAUGUCUACACAAAGAAUUUAUAUCCCACCAAACCAAUGCCCGUGAUGGUCUGGAUCUAUGGCGGUGGCUUCCAGUUUGGCGAGGCCUCACGGGAAUGUUACAGUCCGGAUUAUUUGCUGCGUGAGGAUGUGGUGGUCAUUUCUAUCAACUACAGAUUGGGACCACUAGGAUUCUUGUGCCUGGACGAUCCCGAACUCGAUGUGCCCGGCAAUGCGGGACUCAAGGAUCAGGUGUUGGCCCUGCGCUGGGUCAAGGCCAACUGUUCGCGUUUCGGAGGCGAUUCCGCGAAUAUAACCAUUUUUGGGGACAGUGCGGGAAGUGCCUCAGUUCACUACAUGAUGAUCACAGAGCAGACGCGUGGACUUUUCCACAAGGCCAUCUGCAUGUCGGGUAAUACGCUUUCCCCCUGGGCAGUGACUCCUCAAAGAAACUGGCCAUAUCGGUUGGCUGUCCAGGCGGGUUACACGGGAGAAAACAACACCCGCGACGUCUGGGAUUUCCUGAAGAACGCCAAGGGAUCCGAUAUCAUCAAGGCCAAUGGAGAACUCUGCAUCGACGAGGAGAAGAAGGAGCGGAUUGGAUUCUCUUUUGGGCCCGUGAUCGAACCAUAUGUAACCAGCCACUGUGUGGUGUCCAAGAAGCCCAUCGAAAUGAUGAGAACCGCCUGGAGCAAUAAUAUCCCACUGAUCAUCGGGGGCGUUUCCAACGAGGGACUCCUCUUGUACACAGAGACCAAGACGAAUCCUAAGUGUCUAAAUGAAUUGGACGACUGCCGUUUUGUGGUGCCUAUCGAAUUGAACAUGGACAGGGAAAGUGCUCUGUGCCGGGAGUACGGCGAUCAGCUGAGGCAGUGCUACUACGGCGAUAAGACGCCCAGUCUGGACACCCUGCAUGAAUACCUUCAGAUGGUUUCCCACGAGUACUUCUGGUUCCCAAUAUACCGCACAGUAUUGUCCCGCCUGCAGUACGCCCGCAGUGCGCCGACGUAUUUGUACCGCUUCGACUUCGACUCCAAGCACUUCAACCACCUGCGCAUCCUGAGUUGCGGCAAAAAGGUGAGGGGCACGUGCCACGGCGACGAUCUGUCCUACUUGUUCUACAACUCGCUGGCGAGGAAGCUCAAGAACCACACGCGGGAGUACAAGUGCAUCGAGCGGCUGGUGGGACUGUGGACGCACUUUGCGGCAUGUGGAAACCCCAACUUCGAUCCGGAACAGGAAGAUCUGUGGCAGCCCGUCGAUCCUGCGGCCGUCGAGAAACACCAGCUGAAGUGCCUUAACAUAUCCGACGAGCUGAAGGUGAUCGACGUGCCCGACCUCAAAAAGUUGAUGGUCUGGGAGAGUUUCUUUCGACGCGACGAGUUGCUGUAGGGAUCUGCAGGAAUCCAAUUAGGCUAGACAUGUAGCUUUAUUAGUACAAGGGUGGGGGUCACAUUUGGAGGCAAGAUAACUUGAGCUUUGAAUGCAAUCUGAGCAUUACUUGGAGUGAAAUUUACAAAAUUCAACAUAAUUUUUAUCUCUAUCAUCGAAGGACUUUAUUCCCGAUGAGAGAACCACCGUUUUAUGUGAACAUUUUGUAGAACUUGCCCUCAGAUUGCCCUAAAGACUUAUUUUUGGCAAGGAUGUUAAGUGAACCCACCCUAACCUUUUAUGAUUGGAAAAGCUUUACGUUGAAGCCUAUGUUUGAAACAAUGCAAAGCGUAGCUUUAGACAUUAAAUAUGAGAGUUUAUUGUUAAGUUUGUCAACGAGAAGACGAAUUCUAGGUGUGUUAAAGUUCAUCCGUUUCUAUCUAUAUCUUAUCGGAUCGAAUCUGUAGUCUAAGCAGGCUGUUCGUAUGUAGUCAUGAUGGCGCACGACCUAUGAGUGUGUGUAACAAGUCGCAACUGAAGUACCUUCUAUGAGAAACUACCAAACCCACUAAACCAAACUCGACAAGACAGCCAAGGAAUCUGAGCUAAGAUCUUAUAUUUAACGUUCCUUUAAGUCUCGCUGAUAUCUUUAAAAGCCAACUAAUAUCAAACGUAUUUUAUACAAUUCAUUUUAUUCGAGAUCGUUUUAAGUACUCAGCACAAACUUGAGUUAGAAGAUCCAGUAUAUUUUCUUCCAGUAUCACGAACGCACACAUUUACAAGAAGGGAAUUUCCAUUUGUGUUUUUGAGAUGUAUAUUUAACUAAGACUACUAGUUAACCGUAACCAAUUUAUUUAUAUUCUUAGCCUAAGUCUUUUUAGAUAUAUAUCUUUUGUAUGCAUAGGUUGUUUUUGGUAAAAUGUUAUAUUCGAACAAACGAUAAACCUGUCCAAGUUUUACAUCAUUUUUAGAAUACGAAAUAUUGAAAACAAAAACAAUUUUUAUGGAAUCGUUUAUGAAUGUCCACAAGAAGAUAACGAUUUAAGGCAACUGGCUAAAACUAGUUUGCCUAAGAAUUCUCUGUGUAUCCGAGUUUGUUGAAAAUACAAAUAUAUUGUCGAAAA